AACACUUAAACUGUUCCAGUAAUGUAAGCUGGGAAAGGACACCACUCUAUGUCAGACUGCGGGGAAUUCCCAUUGCCUCUCUUCGCUUGUUUGGAAGAAACACUGCAGGCAAGGCCAUGGCCCUCAUCUCUACAGCUAUCCGUUCAGUUGUUCCCCAUCUUCUCACUACAUCCAACUCAUCCAUCAAGUAUUUCCUGUCAGACUGUCAUCACUCUAUUGGAAACAAAAUCAUCUACACAAUAUAUGCCUUUAUCAAGACCCUCCUCCUUCCACUGUACAUUUUCAUCCUACUCAUGGGUUUUCAGCAAUGGAAGCGUCAGCGCUCAGCUGCUCCAGGGAGAUCAAACAACCACUCUGACUUCCUCACUUACCAAAUGAUGAUGGUGGAUAUCAUUGGCGUUCUUGGCACUGUUUUAUAUUGUUUAGGAACCAACAUAAAAUCAGAUUCCUUAAUCAUGCUGGGGACAUUUCUUUUAUGCUUUGUUUUUCCUGGCCAGACCUUGUUUCAUGUUCUGACCUCUAUAGAGCGCUACCUGGCUGUUGUUCAUGCUAUUAAGUACAUGCAGUUGAGGGAAACAGUCAAAAUAAGAGUUAGAAACAUAAGCACAGCAGCUGUUUGGCUGUUCUGUUUUAUGUGGCUUGGCUUGGCGGAGCUGUAUCUGCCUCGUUUCCCAACAGAACACCUGCUUGCUUACUUGGCCAUUUGUCUGAUUGUUUCUGCAUUUUGCUGCCUGUCUGUUCUCUAUUUUCUUAGAUGUCCAAGGUCAGGGGAUGCAAAGGGGAAGCAGCCGAGGUCUGACCAGUCAAAGAGGAGAGCCUUCAACAUGCUUUUAGCCAUAACUGUGACGCUGGCCCUCAGGAUAUUUGGCAUUCUGUUAAGUGUCGGUGUUGAUCAUCUGAUUUCAGUUCAUAUAGAAUAUUUAUGUGCAUUGAUUAACUCAAGCAUUAUGUUGACACUGCCUAGCAAUCUGGUUUUACCUCUGCUGUUUCUGCACAGAACUGGAAAACUAUCUUUAUUGAGAGAAAAAUUCAGGAAGAAUAUAGAGUAGGAGUUUAUGCUGGUGAAGAUUCUCAGUC